AGCGUCAAUGGCGUAUGUUGUAGCCGUAUGCUCGUGAGAGUUUGACCUAAAAAUGCUAAAAAAAGAAGAAACAAGUAACAAACAGGGUAAAAAUCAAGCGUCUUUGCUUUACGGCUGACGUAGUAAGGGUCAAUUUUUCAUACUGUUUUUAUUUGUUCGCUUGUUUUAACUCACAGGUUUUAAAGAUUCGAGUUACAUACAUUUUAAGUCCAAGGUGCAAUCAUUAAUACCCUAGUUUGUUAUAAGUAAUACCACAGAUAACUACCAGUUUCUCAUAGGAGCACACAUUAAAACGCAUAGUCAUCUGUUAUGGUAAUUUUAUUACCAUGGUUACAGAAAAGCAAAAAUAUAUGAGCAAUAUGGUAACCAUUGUUGUGUUGUGAUAACAAGAAAAGAGGAAAACACAUCAGAGCUUUAUGAUAUUUGAGACAUAAUCGUAUUCCUAUAACUAUUCUAUGACUUAAUGAAAAUAUAAAAACAUCUAUAGUGAAUCAUGGCAUUGUUACCCUUUUAAAUUUAAAAGAACCACUUUUAUUAUUCAGACAGUGGCUUAGGAGUGUUGAGAAAAUAUAGGGUGUCUAUUAAACCUUGUUCCAGUUGAAGGCACAGAAAAUAACGCAGUGUAUAACGGAUUUGUAUGUUUAUCUAUACUAACAUGUCGAGUGAGUGUUGAUAGUUGCUUGUUUGAUUAUCACUGUCUAAUUCAUGGCUUAGUCUCUUAUUAGAAUAGAAACAAAAAUUGAGUGGUAAAUACAACAAGAACGUGAGGAAUGUUUUCGCUAGGUUCCGUCAGGGAUGAUAUCAUAACCUAGUAUUUCCACGACUAGAAAUUAUACUAAGAAAGAGACUAGGAGAGAACGCAAGGUUUUGUUGCGCCUGAAAAGAAUUGUCGUAAAUUGAAAUCACGACGUUAGAAAGUGUUUUAUAUGGCCACUUAAAUGCGCUCCGCCAUUUAAAGCAACCUAACUUUUUUCUAAGCUGCUCCGCAUAAAAUAUUUACGCUUUUUAAGACGGAUAGUUCUUUAAAUCAUGUAAAAUCACCAGCACCAGCAGGACUGCAGAUCGUUAUGGAAAUAAACAAUAACCGUGUUGACAACCAAAGCACGUGCCUAGUUUCUCAUUGGUUAAUAUAUCACGGAUAAAAUAUCAUGGGCGGUUCGUAAAAGUGCAGCACUUGGCGGAAGAGUCAAUGCACUUAAUCGUGGAAUAGAUGGCCUUCUAUCAAUUUCAAUGUGUGAUGUUUGUGAUGAGUCAAGUUAUAUAAUGAACUUGGUUCAUCUCGAGUUACCGUAAAAACAAUUCAAAAGUACUUUCUCACGACUAAACACAGAACGAUAUUUUUUGCGGUUGACAGAGGCUUUCGCAAAACAAAUAUAGCAAUUUAGCGUGUUGACAUGUUUUAAAGUCACGUGGAUAUAUCAUAAUGCAAGAGGCGAUGUUUGGGUCCAUUUUUAGGCACGUGAAAUCCUACAGGUCUUUUUAAGACAUUGACAUGGUAAUUCUUCAUAUAUACAUUAAAGAUGUUGCAUUGAGAGUACUUUAUGUUCCUAUGUUACUACUAUCAACCAGGGUCCUAGUGCUUUAAAAGCUCUCAUUUAAGCUACGAAAUUCGUGAAAAUCGCUUAACUAGACAACCCCCUAAGUCUAUUCACACUUCUAUAGCCUCUGGCAUAACUCGACCGGGGUUUGAACCCAAGACCUCCUGCACUGGAAGCGAACGCUCUACCACAAGGCUACCAGUUGCAAUACUGGCUAUGUUGCUUUCUUUAAUUCAAUUUUGACCGAUUUAGAUUAUAACACGAUACCUUCGCGCGACAUACUUGUUACUUGUAUACGGUAAAGUUCUUCAAGUGGCACGUGGCAAAGAACAGCAUAAAUUGCAUUUCUUUAAGAUGAUCGACUCAAGCUCAUUAGAGCUUUCGGGAAUGCCACUUUGGGAGACAUCAAACAAUUAAGUUGAUAAUUGAAAUUAUGAAGUAAGCUUUUUAAGGGGAGUUUAUAAGUUGUUUAAUGUAAAAGUCGAAAAUACAAUAGAGCUUGAGAACUACUUGUGAUUGUAUUGAUGUUGUGGUCACAGAGCGAAGUGAAGAAAACUUAUGAAUACAUUUGUUCUCAAAAGUCAUCUUUAAUUUCACAGAAGGAUUAUUUAUGGACAGUGAACACCAUUGGACAGUCGCAGAGCACAGAGAGAAUUGUAAGUAUACCGACAUAAUUUGUCCAAACGGCUGUGGGAAAAGAGUUAGUAAAAACGAACUGAUAAACCAUUCUUGUGAAGCCAGAAAGUGUAAACAGUGCCUUAUGGAGCUCGAUGCGGAAUACGAAGAGACUCAUGAAUGUCCGCUGGAAUCAAGACCUGGACCCGAGGGACAACCAUCAAAAACAAUGCCAUCGGAAGAGGAAACGACACCAACAAACAAUCAAGGGGAUGGUGAUUCAUUAAAGAUUUGUAAAUUUAGCAAGCUUGGUUGUAAAUUCAAGGGUAAUCGUUUUGAGCUUGAUUUGCACAUGGAUAUUGCAUCGGAAAGACACUUGGACAUCGUGUGCAAGUCAAUUCAAGACAUUAAGACAGAAUACAUAAAAAAAGAGAACAGAGUAAUCACAAAACAUGACAACAAAAUUAAAAUGUUACAAGACUAUAUUGCAAAACAGAACGUCAUUAUCAAAGACCUGCACGAAAGCCAGCAAACGCUCGAAACAUCGUACAGGAGCAUAAAAAAUAACGUCAACGAAAUAACGUCACAAUCGCAAAUAUUUAUUGACGAAAUAACAAGACUAAAAGUUCAGACGAAUUUGCUACAGGACGAACUUUCUGAAAUAAAAGAAAUGAAUUUUACUGGCUCUAUGUUAUGGAAAGUGAAAGACGUUUCCGAGCACAUAAAGAAUGCCGUUAAUAAAACAGAACUAUCUAUUUAUAGCAGGCCGUUUUAUACUAGUCGCUAUGGUUACAAGCUGCGCGCGCAGCUCUUUUUAAACGGACUUGGCACUCAUACUGGUGAAUUUGUUUCCAUAUACUUUCAUAUCUUGCCAACUGAGCACGAUGAUAUUUUAAAAUGGCCGUUCAGUCACAAGAUUACGUUCGCCUUACUUGAACAAUCUGACGACAUCGACAAGGCGAAUAAUGUGUCGUAUACUCUAAUCCCGUCGCCGACGGAAGACAAUUAUAAAAAACCGACAGAGAAAAUGAGCGAGGGGCGUGGAUAUAAUAAGUUUAUCUCGAUUGAACAAUUAAAACAUGGAAGAUAUAUUAAAAAUAACUGUGUAUUUAUAAAAAUGAGAGUGCACUGCAAAGGAGCAUGCAAAAAAGAUUAGUUAAUGAAAACUGGUUAUAAAAUAUACAUAAAUAUAUGUUGCCAAAAAUCUUUCUUUAGUAAUAAAAGCAACUGCUAAUUUGAAUGAAGGUAGUGUGACGUCGUAGCGAUUCUACUUAAGAAAAAACUUGCCCUAGAAAAAAGAAAGAACUUUGUACAUUAAACUCUUUAACUGUGUUAAGGAAAUGACAUCCUCAUUCUUCAUUUUUUUGGCAGACCGAAAAACGUUUCUGAAGACUGCUUUAGUAACUCGUGGUUAUUGUUAAUAUUUAACGAUAAUUUUUUUGUAACUUCAUUUAUACUGAUUUUUUUUCUUUACUAUUGUUGUAUAUGAUAUACAUUAAAAUCAUUCUAAACAUGCCGAAAACUAUAACAAAUUGGUCUCCAA